AUUGACCAAUGAAAUGACUCCAGACUUGCCGCCAUCUUAUUUUAUGGAAGUCUGCAUGUGGGAAAAUCUACAAUUUUUUAAAGAUAUCUGGGAAAACACAUAGUUAUCGUUUAAGACAACGCCUUCAUUUAUUUUCAAGGGAAGUGGGAAAAUGGAUCGCCCAGGUUCCCACUCCCAAAGAGUACCUUAUGCCAGGAAAGAAGGCCGAAAGUCACUGUUUUCAAAAAUGAAGGACUCUAUGAGAGACAUGCUUUCUCCAUCCUGGUUAACUGAUUUAGUGCACAAUGUCAAGAAAGAAUCUCCAUCCGAUGAUAAAAAUGUUGUAAAGAGUUCUGACCCAUCAACAGGGAUGCAGUCUGGGCAGUCCAGUAUGUCAUCAGACAAUUCACCAUCUCAGACACCAGUUUUACCAGCAGGACAAGCUGGAAUGAUGGGUUCUUCAAGUCAGCAAGCAGGAAUAAACAGGGAUAUGCAGUUCAAAAACAGAGGCACAUUUGUCGGCAAUGGGCAACCAAGGACUCUGGACUUUGCCGCAGUUGGUCAUAGUAUAAAUCCAAGUGGUGUGUUAGCAUCUCCUUUCCAGCAGGGGGCAUUUCCACCUCCGAUAUCUGAGUUCACAUCUGCUCAGUUGCCAUUGGCACGCAUAACUGAGAAAUCUGAUAGCAUAAUGGCACAGGAAGACACAAUGUCACAGAGAAGUGAUGGAUCUAAGUCUACAAGUGGCUGUUCUUCCAUGGUCCCUCAACCAGAUGUCCCUCAGAGGCUUGAUACAGCUGGGGACAAAAGAAAAGCCCCAGAACAGAUGACACUAGGGGGCACAUCACCCCAAGAACAGCAGGUUGCUAAGAGGCAAAGAUUGCAUGCUGGGACUGGUAGCAAUCAGACAUUCAACAGACGUUUAAGUGACACAUUUAUUAGUAAACAGCCUACCCCUGCAGUGACCAACAGGCCAGCAUUUAAUACCUCCCUGUUUGGCUCACCACUCAAUAAUGAGUCUUCUCUGCUGGGAACUAGUGUUCAUGAGUCAAGCUUUUACCCUGGAAAAACUAAAUUUGGUGGUCGUUCAUCAAUCUCCUUCAGAUCUCAAAGAAAAAAUAUGGAUCUAAACCAAUCUCUGCCUAGUCGACUGUCAGUUCCAGUGAAGGCUUUCAUGAAGGCAAGGCCAAGACUGACUCCCAGUAAAGAAGCUGUCACCAGUUCUACCGCAAAAAGAAUUCUUGAGGCACUGGAUAAAAUGCCUACACCCCUGAAUGAUGCCAAAAAGAUUCCAAUGGUUCCACGUCAAUGGACAGAAAGUCCAUCAUUCUUCUCUAGAGACACAAACAGAUCUAUGACGAGAACUGGACCGCCUACUCAGAAAUUGAAUAUAAGCUCCCAGGCUUCAAUAAGUAAAAAUAGACAAGUUAGCUUUGCACCUUUACAACAGCCUAAAGCUACAUCUAGUCAGAUUCAAGAGGAUAUAAGCAGGAGACCUACCAGACAGGAUACAGUCAUUCUGAAUAAUGAAGUUUCUGUACCGUCAGGCAAAAUGAAGAGAGAUAAAUCAUACCACAGGGGCAGUGCUUCUGUAAAAACAACCCUUGAGGAAGAUGACACCGUGAUUAUCCCCAACUUGAACACAGAAUUUACAUUACCUGUAAGUUCAAUGCCACAGUUCAAUUUUGCAACACCAGCCUCUCAAUCAAAUAUAGAUAAGGCAGUGAAAAGAAGUGCAGAGUCACCUGUGAAACAAUCAUUGAACUUCACUUUCUCUUCCCCAAUAAUUGAGCCUGUACCAGCUAAUAAACCUGCAUCACCACAGAAAUAUUCGGUAAACCCCCCAAAACCAAAGCCAAAAGUCAAUGGUCCUGUUGAAACUUCUGUUGGGGGAAUAAAAGUAGCCGCUGAACUUAAACAAGGAAGUGUGAUGGAUAUAUUAGGAGGCAGUAAAUCUUUCACAUCCCAGUCCAGCACACCAAGUACAAGUGCUCCCCCACUCAGUGAGAUAUUUAAGAAAACAGGUUGGAGUUGUGAAGUUUGUCUGAUCAACAAUAAAGAUGCUGAUAGCAAAUGUGUGGCAUGUCAAACACCUAAACCUGGUGGGCAAAAACCCAAAGGUGAUACAUCAAGUGCUCCUCCACUCAGUGAGAUAUUUAAGAAAACAGGCUGGAGUUGUGACGUUUGUCUGAUCAACAAUAAAGAUGCUGAUAGCAAAUGUGUGGCAUGUCAAACCCCCAAACCUGGUGGGCAGAAACCCAAAGGUGACUCACAAUCAAGUGCACCCCCUCUCAGUGAGAUAUUUAAGAAAACAGGCUGGAGUUGUGACGUUUGUCUUAUCAACAAUAAAGAUGCUGAUAGCAAGUGUGUGGCAUGUCAAACCCCCAAACCUGGUGGGCAAAAACCCAAAGAUGUUUUCUCUGUACAAAAAAGUGAUCCAUCAGAACCUUUGAAAUCUGAUUUGUUUGCCAAGUUUAAACAGCCAGUAGGAAGUUGGACUUGUGAUACAUGUUUGAUACAGAACAAGCAGGAUGAUAUUAAAUGUGUGGCUUGUCAGACUCGUAAACCAGGCUCUGCAACAUCCAACACAUCACCCCUAGUGAGCUCCAUUCAGCCAGGAAACUGGAUCUGUAAUGUCUGUCUUAUACAAAACAAGAAAGAUGAUACAAUAUGUGGCGCAUGUAAGGCUGCAAAAUCAACAUCUAAACCAAGUGAAUUAAACAAGUCAGACAGUUUGUUUGCUAAGUUCAAGCCAGCUGCUGGAAGUUGGGAGUGUGAGGUUUGUCUAGUACAGAACAAGUCUGAUGACAAUAAAUGUGUGGCUUGUCAGACCCCUAAACCUCUCAAGUUCUUUAAACAUCCCCCUGGUGACUGGGUAUGUGAUACAUGUCUGGUCAACAACAAGGCAUCAGCUGUAAAUUGUGUAGCAUGUAAUUAUGUAAGACCAGGGCCACCUCGUACACAAGCAGUUCCAAGCAUUGCAAAGUCAUACACAGUAUCUCAAGCUAGUGGAUUCAACUUACCAAGCACAGAAUCAGGAGGCGUUACCAUCUCCAGCACAGGUGGCUUCAAAUUCACUGUACCAACAUCAGCUUCCAGUACUGCUUCAGGUUUUGAUGUGUCAAAAAUAAACACAAACACAAAUAAAAGUGCUGAUUCAAAAUUAAGUGGAGGAUUUAAAUUCAAUUCAGAUAUGAAGUCUGAAACAUCUACAAGUUCUGGAUUUAAGUUUGGCUCUCAAACAAGUUCUCAAAGUGAUAAGCCUAGUGUUAAUUCUGGUGGGUUCAAGAUAAAUGCUCUACCACCUUCUGGUGAUAAACCAACUUCUGGUUUUCAGUUUGGAAACAAGGAUAUGAAACCUGAAAAUAAAGAUGGUCCCUUAAAAUCUGCUGGUUUCCAGAUUGGAAAACUUGACAGUACAGUAUCAUCUAAAAUACCUAGCUCAAGUUCAGAGCAGGUUACAAAUGUAGGUUUUGUUUUUGGACAAAAAGCAGAUGCGAUGAGCACUAAAGGUGAUACAAAGACUACUAUGUCAGUGCCAGGUGGCUUUUCAUUUAAAUCCUCAGACUCAAAUUCUAGUUCUGUUACAACAAAUGCUACAGAAACUGUGACAAAUACUUCAAAGGGAAUUGGUGGAUUUAACUUUACAUCACUAACUAGUAAUUCAGUGGCGGCAACAACAUCAAGUAGUUCUAUAGGAAAUUUUGCAUUUACAGCUACCAAAGUGACAGAUCCUAGUGCAUUAUCAGGUACCUCAAAUCCAUUGGACAAUACAAAGCCUUCAGUUGGAGGAUUUACAUUUAGUCAGAAGCCUGUAGAUUCAAAUACCUCAAGUUCACCAUUUACUUUUGCUCAAAAAUCAACAUCUGUGGCAUCACCAACUAAACGUGGAAGAGAUGAUGAUACAGGAGAGCCUGCUAUGAAGAAAUCUUUUGGUCAACCUGCGGUCACAACUUCUUCAACACCAUUCCAGCUUGGAGCUAAUAGUG